UUAUGUAAGAGCUUGAAGUCGCUUUUCAUCUAGAUCUCUCUCUCUCUACAUUUCACACUCUCGCACCGGAGAAAUGGCGGACGACAUUCGCUUCUUCGAGCUGAACACCGGCGCUAAGAUCCCGUCGAUAGGGUUGGGGACCUGGCAGGCAAGCCCUGGCCUUGUCGGCGACGCAGUCCACGCCGCCAUCAAGGCAGGGUAUCGGCAUAUUGAUUGUGCUCAAAUCUACGGCAAUGAGGAGGAGAUUGGUUUGGUGCUGAAGAAACUGUUUGAAGAUGGUGUGGUGAAGCGCGAGGAUUUGUGGAUUACCUCCAAACUCUGGAAUACUGAUCAUGCUCCAGAAGAUGUACUAGAGGCAUUGGACAGGACUCUAAGAGACUUGCAACUGGAUUAUGUUGACUUGUACCUUAUGCACUGGCCAGUCCGGAUGAAGAAGGGAUCAGUAGGUUUUAAGCCUGAAAACGUUAUUGACCCUGAUGUCCCUGCAACUUGGAGAGCAAUGGAAACACUCUAUGAUUCGGGGAAGGCUCGAGCUAUUGGUGUGAGCAAUUUCUCCACAAAAAAGCUGUCAGAUUUGCUGGACGUCGCACGUGUUCCUCCUGCUGUCGACCAAGUGGAGUGCCAUCCUUCGUGGCAGCAGGACAAGCUACAUUCUUUCUGUAAAUCCAAGGGAGUUCACCUUUCUGGAUAUUCCCCACUGGGCUCUCCUGGAACAACAUGGAUCAAAAGUGAAGUCCUUAAGAAUCCGAUUCUUGUGACAGUCGCUGAGAAAUUAGGCAAAACUCCUGCACAAGUUGCUCUUCGUUGGGGGCUGCAAAAGGGUCAUAGUGUUCUUCCCAAGAGUACUAAUGAAGCGAGGAUCAAGGAGAACCUUGAUUUGUUUGGCUGGUCCAUCCCAGAUGACUUGUUCGCCAAGUUUUCUGAAAUUGAGCAGGCAAGACUGAUCAGAGGGUCCACAUAUGUUCACGAUACUUUUGGCCCCUACAGGAGUUUAGAGGAAUUAUGGGACGGUGAAAUCUAGAUUCUAGAGAGGCCGAUGAAUCAUGAAUGCUUUCGUGGAAGAGAUUCUGGGAGCAUUUUUUAUGUAAUAGUUAUGAUUAGUGUGACCGUUUAUGUCCUAAAUAACGAUUAGCUUGAUUACGCUACUUGCAACUUUCAGCA